AUGAAGGUUUCGAUGAUACUUGGAAGCUUGGCUGUUUGCAAGUCUUCUUUAGAUACAGCAAAGAGACCAAACAGGAAAUCUGAACCUACUUUGGGAGAGCUAGACACCUCCCAAGGGAAGAGGCUCCUCCAGCUGCAUGAACUUGAAGAGAUCAGACUUGAUGCUUUAGAGAGCUCAAGAAUCUACAAAGAAAGAACCAAGACCUUACAUGAUCAGAAAAUCCUAAAGAGAAAGUUCAAAGAAGGUGACUUGGUCCUCUUAUUCAACUCUAGGCUCAAGUUGUUCCCUGGUAAGCUGAGAUCCAGAUGGUCAGGACAAUUCAGAGUUCUUGAGGUUAGAAGCUAUGGAGCAUUGGUCUUGGAAGGUAAGGAUGGCAAGGGUUUUGUGGUGAAUGGACUAAGAAUCAAGCAUUACCUGGUUUCAGAGAAGAGAGAGGAGGCUUCAACAGUUUCUCUUGAUGACCCACCAACCUGUUAA